UCACAAAAAAUCUCAAGGUGUUAAUUGCACGACGGAAAUCUGAAACUGUAUUCCUCUGUUCAAUCUUCUAGACCAAUUUGCCGAGUGCUGAAAAGGCUGAAAUUUGAUGGGCUUUCAUCAUUUUGCAAGUAUUAUUACUAUUGCUUGUAUACUUCUCCUAUAUAUGAAAGUUUCCUUAGCAUUAGACUUCAUUUCUCAGUCUCAAUCCAUUAGAGAUGGUGUAACCUUAGUUUCCGAAAGUGGAACCUUUGAACUCGGAUUUUUCAGUCCUGGAAAUUCCAGCAAACGCUACCUGGGAAUAUGGUACAAGAAUAUCCCAAUUCAAACGGUAGUUUGGGUCGCAAAUCGCAACAACCCUAUCAACGAUUCUACCGGCAUCUUAACACUAAACAGCACUGGAAAUCUCGUCGUCGCUCAAAACCACACAGUCGUUUGGUCCACAACUUCUGUGAAAAACCCACAAAAUCCAGUAGCCAGUCUAUUGGAAUCUGGAAAUCUUGUGGUUAGAGAGGAUAAAGAAGCAAACCCAGAAACAUAUUUGUGGCAGAGUUUUGAUUACCCAACUGAUACAUUCUUACCAGGUAUGAAAUUUGGGUGGGACUUAAGAACUGGUCUAAAUAGGCGUCUUGUAGCUUGGAAGAGUCCAGAUGAUCCUUCCACAGGAGAUUUCUCUUGGGGAAUGGUGCUCAAUAAUUAUCCUGAUGCCUAUAUGAUGAAGGGAACCCGGAAAUUCUACCGAGCUGGACCAUGGAACGGCCUUCGUCCAAGUGGUUCACCACAAAUCAAGGCUAACCCCAUUUAUGAUUACCAGUUUGUCUCUAAUAAGGAUGAGAUUUACUUCACGUAUCAGCUCAACAAUCAUUCUGUAAUCUCAAGACAGGUAUUGAACAUAACAACUCAGGCUCGUCAACGUUUUGUGUGGAUAGAAGAUCAACAAGUUUGGAGGCUAUAUCAAACAGUGCCAUUGGACUAUUGUGAUAGUUACGGCCUCUGUGGAGCUUAUGGAAUCUGUACAAUUUCAGGAUCCCCAGUUUGUCAAUGCUUGAAAGGGUUCAGGCCAAAGUCACCAAAAAAUUGGAACUCCAUGGAUUGGUCUCAAGGAUGUGUCCGGAAUAAACCGCUAAGCUGCAAGGAUGGCUUUGUCAAAUUGAGUAAUUUGAAGCUACCGGAUACUGCACAUACUUGGGUGGAUGAGACGAUCACUCUAGAAGGAUGCAGAAACAAAUGCUUGAACAAUUGUUCUUGCAUGGCCUAUACGAAUUCAGACAUCAGAGGACAAGGUAGUGGCUGUGCCAUGUGGUUUGGUGAUCUAAUUGAUAUUAGACAGUUUUCGGGUGGUGGGCAGGAUUUGUAUGUUCGAAUGGCUGCUGUAGAAUUAGGGGAAGUGCGUAGGAGCAAGAAGAAGCUGACUAUAAUAGUCGUCUCAACCUUGGGGUCAAUUUCUGCGAUGCUUUUACUCGGUUUUUGUUCUUAUAUCUACUGUGACCAGAGGAAGAAGACAGAGAAACCAGAAAACAAAGAUCAGAACGAAGGGGCCAGGGUUGAUGAUUUGGAUCUCCCAUUGCUUGAUUUUUCUGCUCUAGCUACUGCCACCAAUAACUUCUCAGAGGAGAACAAGAUUGGAGAAGGAGGUUUUGGACCUGUAUACAAGGGAAGACUAGUACAUGGGCAAGAAAUUGCUGUGAAGAGGCUUUCAAAAAGAUCAGGACAAGGAAUGGCUGAGUUCAAAAAUGAAGUUAAAUUGAUAGUGAAACUUCAGCACCGAAAUCUUGUAAAGCUUCUUGGUUGUUGCAUUGAAGGGGAGGACAAAAUGCUGGUGUAUGAGUACAUGCCUAACAGCAGCUUGGACUACUACAUUUUUGAUGACACCAAAGGCAAGGUGCUACAUUGGCCUCAGCGCUUCAACAUUAUUUGUGGAAUUGCUCGAGGUCUUCUUUAUCUCCAUCAAGAUUCGAGAUUGAGGAUUAUUCAUAGGGAUCUCAAACCAAGUAAUAUAUUAUUGGAUGACAAGUUAAACCCAAAAAUAUCAGAUUUUGGCAUUGCUAAAAUCUUUGGAGGAAACCAAAUUGAAGACUACACAGAGCGAGUAAUUGGGACUUACGGGUACAUGGCACCAGAAUAUGCAGCUGAUGGGCUUUUCUCUAUAAAGUCUGAUACAUUUAGUUUUGGAGUGUUGAUACUAGAGAUUAUUAGCGGGAAGAAAAGCCGAGGGUUUUAUCAUCCCGACCAAUCCCUUAACCUUAUAUCUCAUGCUUGGAGUCUGUGGAAAGAAGGAAGAGAUUUUGAACUAAUUGACUCAAAGAUAGAGGAAUCUUGCAUUCUAUCAGAAGUACAACGUUGCAUCCAUAUUGGCCUCUUGUGUGUCCAGCGACACCCAGAAGAUAGGCCAACCAUGUCUUCUGUGGUCCUAAUGUUGAGGAGUGGAACAAAAUUGGCUCAUCCUAAGGAGCCUGCUUUCUACACCAAGAAAGAUUUCACUGAACCCAAUUUCUUCUUAGCCCAAAUGGAAAAUAGUUCAACCAAUGAAUCAACUGUUACAUUACCAGAAGCACGAUGACCUAUUGAGAAGAGGAGCAAGCACAGAUUUUACUGGAAAGACUAUCUAUUUACUAUCUCUGUACAGAAGCCAGAAUUUUUGGACAGGCCAACGGUUCCCUGGUUUUUUCCUUCCCUUUUUUUUUUUCCCCCCCCCUCAAUUCAUGAGGGCUGUAUAAACUUUUGAUAUUGUUCAAUUUAUUUAUUAUUUAUAGCGAAGCUUAGUCUUCAAUUUUCUCGUCCAUUUAGUUUCACUCCUGGUAUAAUUAUUCUUUACAUAAAGUUAGCGGCUCUGGACCUUCUUUUCCUCUCA